UAACGUUUAUGUUUGUCGUGUGAAUCACGAGAUUUCGUUAUUCAAAUCCGAUUAACUAUAUUUAAUAAAAACGCUCUCCGUCAACCACAACAACCCUUCCUUCCACCACUUUUCUUCUCAUGAAGAAACAGAAAUUCAUUGGCUUUCUUAAUUGAAUCUUCUAUAUAUAAUUAUUCCCAUCCUCCUCGCAAAACAAAAAAUAGAGCAUUAUUAUCAAAACCACCCUUCUCUUAGUUUUGUUUCCUCAAACAAUACCUUUCAAAAGAUGGGAUCUGACUCUAGUUGGUUGGUUCACAUGGAAGUGAUGUUGGGGUCUCUAGAUCAUAUAGAAGUUCAGUCAUGCAGCAUUUGUAGAGUUUCGGACGAGCUUAGAGGUCUGAAAGAGAAGGCUUACAAGCCAAAGUGUAUCUCAAUAGGACCUUUACAUAGGGGAGCAACGAGUUACCUCGAAUUGAUGGAAGAGUCUAAAUGGCAAUAUAUGCGCGAGUUUCUUGAACGACAAGGAAUAAUCCGAGAGCAAAACAGAACUUCAGAGGUAAGGUUAAACGAAUGUGGCAAUGAUAUUGUCAAAUUGGUUGAAAUCAUUCGCGCAAGCUAUGGUGGUAGCAUCUUUGACUCGGAAUCACCCCAAGAAAUCGCCAAAAUAAUGAUAUUGGAUGGUUGUUUUUUGUUAGAGUUUCUCACUAGACUUGGCAAUUACAAAUUAAGUUACGAUGAUCCAAUAUUUGAAACCAAGGAAAAAGUGUUGUCGAUUGUGAACGACAUCACAAUGCUUGAGAAUCAAAUACCCUUCAUUGUUCUCAAGAAGUUAUAUAGGAAGGUCUUUCCAGAUGGCUCUGAAAUUGAGGACGAUCAUCGAGUUGCUAAUAUUGUGCGUAAAGCUUUUGAUUACCCUUUGGUGAAUGCCACGGGCGGUGCUCAUAUACUUCAUUUGAUACACUUGUCUACAGUUGAUCAAAGCAAACGCGAAGAGGGAAAACGAGCAAAUCAACAACUAUUUCGAUGUGCUUCUAGGCUUCGAGCUGCUGGGAUAAUUAUCUGUCCAAAAAAACAAAACAUUAGUAAUAACCAGCAGCAGCAUACUUUGGCGGAUACAUUCGACUUUGAUAUAAAUUUCAAUAUUGAAUCGGGGAAGCUGGAAAUCCCGGUGUUGUAUGUCAAGGAAACAACAGAAGUGAGAUGGAGAAAUUUGAUUGCUUGGGAGCAGAGCAGAAUUGGGGUUAAAUGCAAAUACACAUCGUAUGCACUUUUCUUCAAAGAAUUAAUAUGUUGUAAACAUGACAUUGAAUUGCUUGAAGAAAAAGGAGUUAUAGUAGUACUAAAUAAGUGUGUCAAGAGCAAAGAAUUGUUAACACUUUUUCGCACCAUCUCAAAGGGCGCGGAGCAUAUGGAUUCCAGUUACAGUGAGAUUUGUGAUAGGUUGAAUGUGUACAAGGGGGAAAAAGCCACAAAAGCUUUUGGAUUGCGGCUAAUCGUUUGGCAUCAAUGCAAGCGCAUUUUUGAGGUGGUCUUGUACUAUUGUCAAAAUUGGUACAAAAUUUUGAGACGCGACCAUAUACCUACUGUUUGGAAAUUUAUAGGAGUUGUGGCGGCUAUUUUGCUUCUUGUUCUCACCAUCAUGCAGACUUAUUACUCCGCGCGCGGCUAGUUAAUUAACUUUAAACAAAGAUUUUGUAUUGUGUUCAAAUUGAAUUAGGCUUGUUUUCAUGUAUUUUCUUGCCUCUUAUCAUUUUUUACCAAAGUACUA